CGAGGCCCUCCUGGAGCAGUGUUUGAAGGAGAACCAAGGCAAAAUAAAGGACUCUGUCCCUCUGCUGGAAAAGAACGAGAGCAGGAUGACUGAAGCCAAAAAUUACCUGAGCAGCGUCCUUACCCACGGCCGGCUGUCGCCACAGUACAUGUGUGAGGCCAUGCUGAUCCUGGGCAAGCUGCACUAUGUGGAGGGCUCCUACCGAGACGCCAUCAGCAUGUAUGCACGUGCUGGCAUCGAUGACCUGUCUGUGGAGAACAAGCCCCUGUAUCAGAUGCGGCUGCUGUCAGAGGCUCUGGUCAUCAAAGGUCUCUCCUUGGAGCGCCUGCCCAACUCCAUUGCCUCCCGCUGCCGCCUGACCGAGCGGGAAGAGGAAGUGGUCACCUGUUUCGAGAGGGCGUCCUGGGUGGCGCAGGUGUUCCUGCAGGAGCUGGAGAAGACCACAAACAACAGCACCUCGAGGCACCUGAAAGGCUCCCACCAGGCUGACUAUGAGCUCACCUACUUCCUGGAAGCCGCCCUCCAGAGCGCCUACGUGAAGAACCUGAAGAAGGGGAAUAUCGUGAAGGCCAUGAGGGAGCUCCGUGAGGUUCUACGGACCGUGGAGACCAAAGCCACGCAGAACUUCAAAGUGAUGGCCGCCACACACCUAGCAGGGGUCCUGUUGCACUCGCUGAGCGAGGAAUGCUACUGGAGCCCCCUGUCCCACCCCCUGCCCGAGUUCAUGAGCAAGGAGGACAGUGCCUUCGUCACGCAGGCCCUGCGCAAGCCUAACCUCUACGAAGGUGACAAUCUCUACUGCCCGAAGGAUAACAUCGAGGAGGCCCUCCUGCUGCUGCUCAUCAGCGAGUCCAUGGCGACUCGGGACGUGGUGCUGAGCCGCGCGCCGGAGCAGGAGGAAGACCGGAGGCUGAGCUUGCGGAACGCUGCGGCCAUCUACGACCUCCUGAGCAUCACGCUGGGCAGGCGGGGCCAGUACGUCAUGCUCUCCGAGUGCCUGGAGCGAGCCAUGAAGUUUGCGUUUGGAGAAUUUCACCUUUGGUACCAAGUGGCCCUCUCCAUGGUGGCGUGUGGGAAGUCAGCCCACGCGGUGUCGCUGCUCCGGGAAUGCACGAAGCUUCGGCCCUCAGACCCCACCGUGCCCCUGAUGGCUGCCAAGGUCUGCAUUGGGUCCCUGCACUGGCUGGAGGAGGCGGAACACUUUGCCAUGAUGGUGAUUGGCCUUGGUGAGGAGGCCCGGGAGUUCCUCCCCAAGGGCUACCUGGCCCUGGGUCUCACCUACAGCCUGCAGGCUACUGACGCCACCCUGAAGUCUAAGCAAGAUGAACUGCACCGGAAGGCGCUGCAGACCCUGGAGAGAGCCCAGAAACUGGCGCCUGACGACCCCCAGAUCGUCCUCUACCUCUCCCUGCAGCUGGCCCUCGUCCGACAGAUUUCCAGCGCCAUGGAGCAGCUACAGGGGUCCCUGGCAGUGUGCAAGGACGAUGCCAAUGCCCUCCACCUGCUGGCGCUGCUCUUCUCUGCCCAGAAGCACUAUCAGCAUGCCCUGGACGUCACCAACAUGGCCAUUGCCGAGUACCCUGAGAACUUCAAAGGCCUGGAGAAAGAUAGCAGCUUGGGUGAGGGGCUCACCAUGAAGAAACAAAGUGGCGUGCACCUGACCCUGCCUGACGCCCAUGACGCUGACUCAGGCUCUCGCCGGGCAUCGUCCAUCGCGGCCUCUCGGCUGGAGGAGGCCAUGUCAGAACUGACCAUGCCCACAUCGGUCCUGAAGCAGGGCCCCACGCAGCUGUGGACCACGCUGGAACAGAUCUGGCUCCAGGCCGCCGAGCUGUUCAUGGAGCAGAGACACCUGAAGGAGGCGGGCUUCUGCAUCCAGGAGGCAGCUGGCCUCUUCCCCACCUCUCACUCUGUGCUCUACAUGCGGGGCCGGCUGGCCGAGGGGAAGGGCAGCCUGGAGGAAGCCAGGCAGCUGUACCAGGAGGCACUCACGGUGAACCCGGACGGCGCCCGCAUCAUGCACAGCCUGGGUCUGAUGCUGAGCCAGCUGGGCCACAAGAGCCUGGCACAGAAGGUGCUACGGGAUGCCGUGGAGAGGCAGAGCACGUGCCAUGAGGCCUGGCAGGGCCUGGGCGAGGUGCUGCAGGCCCAGGGCCAGGCCGAGGCUGCCGCCGACUGCUUCCUCACCGCCCUGGAGCUAGAGGCCAGCAGCCCCGUGGUGCCCUUCUGCAUCAUCCCCAGGGAGCUCUGAGCCCCUGAAGCAGUGGGUGGGGGCAACAGCAUUCAGACAUGGGCCUCAAGUGCAGCAGGCAUGACCUCUCCUGCAAGCUGCGGCCAGUUCUCCCCUCUCCAGGCCCUCCCUGCCUGCACCUGUCCUCUGGAGUGGGGUGGACAGGAUUUACACCAAAGCACAUUCCUUGCUCCCUGGGACUUGAGCGCUAUGGAGUUUGUGGGCAAGGGUGAUGCGCCAAGGUCUGUGUGUCUUAGGUACCUGGCCCCAAGCCCCUCCCUUGGCAUCCCUGACACCUGGGUCUCCUGGCUUUGGAUAGAUUCUAGUCCAGAGCCACUGCCCCAGAAGAGAUGAGCCCCACGAACCACCCUUGGCCAACUCGAGCUUUCCCCCAUUCUUUCCCAGGGCCUUGGGAGGCAGACUGCUUGGACCCCCAGUGACUGCCUUGUGGCUGUUGUGUUGCUGAUGGGUUUACGGCUGCCCACCCCCAGCCCUGGGCGCUGGGGCCCCACUCUG